UGGUAUCGGAUGGCCUCUUUAAGGCAGGAUCGAUUAUCAAGAGGGCAUAAUCCUAGAAGUUGGCGCGGGCCACAAAGGGACGAGGAUUUAGGAAAAAGAAUAAUGUACAGGGUGUAUAUGGACAGGAAGAAGGAAGGAUAUGGCAUGCUGGUCUAUCCCUGUGAUUAGGCUACAAUCAACUUGGUUUUGAGUAGCGUACAAGUAGCCUCUUCUUGCUUCUCUGCCUAUACAUACAUGUAUACAUCACUCACGUGGUGAAUCUAUGUACACUGUCUCGUUAAACUUGAAGCGGAUAGUAAUUCAUUUGCUGUGUUUUUUACGGAAGAGGAAGGAAUGUUGUGGGGAUUUUUCGAGUUGUGUAUUGCAAACAGCAUUUGCGGCGGCUAGACAGGAAAAGGUUUAUAUUGCUUAGGUGAAGUCUUUUGCCAGUGGUUGCCAGACUCUAAAAAGUGUGAUUUAUGCACCAUUUUGAGCUUGUUUCUGUUAUUAUCAACGCAUUCCGUUAGUCUUAUUUUGGAUAUACAUGUACAUAUGGCAAGUGGAGGUUCAAUAGUUGAUGGUGCGUCACGUCACGCAAGCUGCUUAUAAGCUACGGCAUCGGGACCACUCAUCGCCAAUAAUUCCCCCAGAUUCUCGGGAAUAGAGGGGAUCGUUGCCUUUGCCCCCUUCCUCCUGCUCGGUUGUGCAGAGUGUUCACCCCUCACCCAAGUUCGCAUGGUGUGAAAUGUCAUAAAGAUAGGUGUUUACACACACACUCCGGCAUCCCGCGGAUUGAUGAGCUACUUGUAUCAUCAUUACUCAGCCCCUACCACCGAGAUUGCUACGGUGCAGCCACUUCUAAUCAUAUUAAAAAACUGUUGAAUUCUUUCAAGCGAUUGAUAUCGUCAAGGCCGCCUAGGGCUAGUAGACGACAACGAUGACGACGUGUGACUAAGAUUUCUAUGGAUUAACCGUCCAUUAGAGAUUCCUGCAAGCAAUUUCUUCUGCCUACUUCGUUUUGAGAGAACCGUGAGCAGUGGAUGAGCGGGCACACGCCAGCCAAAUGUCUUGAUACGCGGUCCAUUAGAAGAAGAAAAAAUGCUAAUGGACGAAUGUGCCUCUCUAGUCAUCAUCAAGAGUCGAGGCAGACACUGAAUAGAUUUCCAUCUAAUUAAAUCGCCCCUCACUGAAGUUCUUGCCUGGCUGGCCUGGCGUAGAUGCGACUCAGAGAAAGCCCCACUUGCCGGAGUUUCUCUCCCCUGAAAGCAGGAUAGGGAUUUUCCUGCGACGUCAGAGCCUGAUCGUGUAGGCGUUGAACACUCGAUCUCCUUCUCUCUCGUCCGUCUUUAAGCUGGGAUAUACUGUUACAUGAGGAUAUAGCCUUGUAUUCAAGUGUGUGAAUAUUUGCUCAACAAAUAUGGAACAUAGACUGAGCAUAGAGAAAGCCUUGAGGAAACUUUUCUCACAGAGCCCUUCAAGUCCUAACGGUCCGCCAAAAAUGAGCGCACAGUGGUCGGAUCCACAGAGUUAUACCGAUAGUCCGCCCGCACCACCCGUUCGAGUUUCCAGCAGCAACAGUCGCGACGCCCGCUUUGACAACAUGAAUCCCGGCUCCAAGCCCCUCCCCAACACGCCCCCAGAGGAACAGAAGAAAGGACCAAAAUGGAUGAAGAAUAUACUUAAGGGUGGCAAGAGUGAUGAGAAGGGCCAAAGAACGAGACCCGAGAUUUCGCUACCCACAAAGUUUGAGCACACAGUCCAUGUCGGCUUUGAUAACAUCACAGGAGAAUUCACGGGCAUGCCAGAGAAAUGGGCCCAGCUCCUGUCAUCAUCGUCGAUCUCAAAGACAGAACAGAAGAACAACCCUCAGGCUGUCCUCGACGCCCUCAAGUUCUACGAUGACUCCACGGCGGGCAACGAAAAAUUCAUGACACAACAUAAAGUUAUACUUGGAAAUAAACAAUCCUUUGAAGAUUCAUUUGAGCAACAAGCCUCAAUAACACCGAAACCACCUUCAAGACCAGAGGACGAUGUCUCUGAGGAUGAAGACGCGGAAGCUCCAGCAAUUGCUCCUCGUCCAGCUCACUCACAAUCAAGAUAUUAUUCAAGAAUAGAGCAAACACCGCCCGAGCCCUCACCCCCUAGCCCCGCCCCUGCCCCAGCACACCCGUCCAACGCCACCAACGCUACCACACAAGCACAGCAGGAGCGUAGGGAGAAGAUGAAGAAGAAGAAGAUGUCAGAUGACGAGAUCCUGGAGAAGCUCAGAUCUAUCGUCAGUGUUGGAGAUCCCAAGAGGAAAUACUCCAAGUUUGAGAAGAUUGGCCAGGGAGCUUCAGGUGUUGUCUACACGGCCAUUGAGGUCGCAACAGGGCAAGAGGUUGCUAUCAAGCAGAUGAACCUCCAGCAGCAGCCUAAGAAGGAGCUCAUCAUCAACGAGAUCCUGGUCAUGCGUGAGAACAAACAUCAAAACAUCGUCAACUACCUGGACAGUUAUCUGGUCUCAGAUGAACUAUGGGUUGUGAUGGAGUUCUUAGCUGGAGGCUCACUCACAGAUGUUGUAACAGAAACGUGUAUGGACGAAGGACAAAUCGCUAGUGUGUGCAGAGAGUGCUUGCAAGCAUUGCAAUUCUUGCAUCAAAGACACGUCAUUCAUCGAGACAUCAAGAGUGAUAAUAUUCUACUGGGAAUGGAUGGAAACGUCAAACUGACCGACUUUGGUUUCUGCGCCCAGAUCACGCCGGAGCAGAGCAAGAGAACGACCAUGGUCGGCACACCUUAUUGGAUGGCUCCGGAGGUCGUGACCCGGAAGCAGUAUGGACCUAAGGUUGAUAUCUGGUCACUGGGUAUCAUGGCGAUCGAGAUGAUUGAGGGUGAACCCCCAUACCUGAAUGAAAAUCCCCUUAGGGCCCUCUACUUAAUCGCCACCAAUGGUACUCCUGACAUUCACAACCCAGAUAGAUUAUCACCAGUCUUCCGAAAUUUCCUUGCCAAGUGCCUUGAGACUGAUGUCGACAAAAGAGCAGAUGGAGAGAUGUUACUAAAGCAUCCAUUCUUGAGUACAGCCAAGCCCCUCAAUUCACUCAAGCCCCUCAUCGCUGCUGCCAGGGAGGCCCCCAAACAUUAAUCACAGCUCACCGUCAUAACCAUGGCAACGUAGACCUUCACUUCUUCUUCUCGACUUCAGGAGGGAGGGAAAAAAUAGAGCUGGGGAAUGCAAGACCGGAACAAGCAAUCAGAAUAUUUGUCUAUGGCCCGACUGAAUACAUCUGUUUAGUUACUUUAUUUUUAAUUAUGAUGAUUAUUUUCAUCAUUAUUAUUGUAUAUUAUGUAAUGAUACGAUGUACAAGUCAUGUUAUAAGGAUGUGGUAAUUGUUUUAUAUAAUUUUUUUAAUCUACCUAGUGGAAAAUAUGACUAAACUUGUAUUGUUGUUUAGAUUUUGGCAACAAAAUACUGUUUAUGAUGUUUGCUGGUCAUUUAAUUUCCAUCAAAUUUUGUUUUACUGAAAGCAAUCAGGAUAGCAGUAUUCUAACCUUCUAUUUUUUUUUUUUUUUUUUUUUUUUUUUUUUGGGGGGGGGGGGUCCCAAAUGGAGCAUCUAAAAUGUCAGAAUCUAGGUUCUGCCAUUAUGCUCCCCCUCUAUGUUGUUGUCAUAUAGUGCCCUCACUUUACAAUGGAGUUUGUGUUUUGAAUAGCUUUGUUCAAAUCCAGCUUUUGCCACCAUUUCGUAAAAAAAGAUUUAUGGGAGAGCCAGUAGGGCGUUAUUUCAUACCUAAUAUGCACGGUGUGACCUUAGUAACACCAAUCUGGCUGUUAACAUACGAUAUGAUUUGAUGUAAUGUCCAUUUGGUCCAGUUUGUUGUCCAAUGAAUCCCAUUGUGCCUUAUGUAUCUAAAGUAGCUUUGCAACCUCCAGAGUGCUACUAGUCUUGGGGCAACCGAACUGUGCUCGUUGGGCAGGUGAAUUCACUGUAUGCUAUGCGGAAGGAUCUGGAAUGUGGGUUUGUCCAAUUUCUCAACGUUUUAGUUUUGAUUGCUGAAGUGAUAACCUAUCAUGGAGAAUAAGUUGUACAGACUGAAGUGUAUUGUGUGGAUGUAGACGAUCAGGGACCCGUUUCACAAAGCCUUUUUUCAAUGACAGAUGACAAAAAUCAGUGACAAAUCUGCUGAUAACCAAUGAGAAGCAAGGAUUUCAGUAGCUUAUACUAGACUGUCAUUUGUCACUGAUGACAAGUUUUGUGAAAUUGGGCCCUGAAGUUUGAAUGCAUGUUUUUUGUUCUCUCUACAUCCCUUGUACGCUCCUUUGCUCAUAGUCUUCUGCUGGGGACAACGAAUUUAGAGUGAGCUUGCUCUCAAGAGAGAAUUCAUUCUGAAUAACGAGUUCUUUAUCGAAACCCAGGCUAGUGGAAUUGGGGUUAGGGCAAGUGCUUUCAAGAACCAUGUUGCCCCUUGGACGAGCAGUACCCUGUCCUACUAUUGCUGUUGUAUAUGUUAGCUUCCUGCUUUUAUUUUCCCCUCCCUUCUUAAUCGUAUGCAUUUUUCGCUUUCAGUAAACGUAGCAUCUUGCUUUGUAGUCAAGUGUCACUUUCUUUUUGUUUGGAAAUGCAAUUUUGAAAAAUGGCAUACAUGUAACUGCAUGGCUAGUGCUACUUAAAGUAAUGAUAUGUACUUGGUAAUUAUUAAAAACGAACUAAAUUCUUUUUUUUUUAAUUUGAGGUAUGGUCAUGUACUCAUGUUUAAGCUCAUCUAUUCCAACUUUUUGUUUUAAAUUUAGGAGAGGUUCAGUGAUCCACUGUAAAGUAAUCCAAGUAGAGAGCCAAGCAGUGAUUUUCCAACUCCAAAAGUCACUCCCCCCUUCCAAGAUUAGGUUAGCUUUGUAACUCUUAAAUCUUCAGCUUUAGUGAUGCUUUAAAAAGUCAAUAAAUGCCCACAGUAGCCAAACACAGUAAUAUAUCAAGGAACAAUAUUAAAGUAGUUGAUGUAGGUGCUAUGAUUUCAUAUUCUUUUCUAUGCUGCACUUGACACUCCUCUUGGUCCCAGUAUUACCCUUGAUUUAAAGCCAUCAUAGAAUUUCUGUUAUCAUUCAGGUAGCUUACCGUUUUAAACGUUUUUGGUGAAUGCAACUGAUUCUAAUAGAAAUAUGGAAUAAUUCCUUUCAGUAUCGAUUGUGAUUAAAAGAAUCUCUGGUAUGCGCAUAUGUACUUACUUGCAUUGCAGAUGUAAUCUGAUUUGCCUUUAUUUUGGUUAAGAUGAUAUUUUUAUCAUUUUCCCCUAAAUUUUGAUGUAAUGUUAAAGAUGUCAUACCUAUCAGGAGAAAAAAAGAUUCACCGGUAAAUAUGCAAGGGUCUGUAAUGUUAAUCACAACUGGUCGCUACUUUACAUUACACACAUUUGUGACAACAUGUUGGUAUUGUACAGCAAGAUUUAAUAACAGAGCAUUUUAUCUGUUAAAAACUUGAAGGGUUUUAACUAGUUGUGAAAGGAUGUGUUAAAGUCCAGACUCUUAGGAGACAACGUGUUCAAAGCGAUCUAGAUAUUUGCCGAACUGCAAUCAUGCAUCGCAAAUUUAUGUGAUUAAUUUUACCAUGCAUUUCAACACGGACACCCUUGUAAAGCAGACUUUGAAUCUUUAAGUUAUAAUUAGUUACAGUUGAUUAUAGCCAACCUUCAAUAUGUGCUAGCACUUAGGUCAUUUUCAGGACAAAAUUGACGCCAUAUUUAGACAGAAUUCUGAAAUCCCGAAUUGGCCAAUGUCAAUUUUCAUACAUGUAUCUACAUUUUUUAUAAGUUUUGACGAGAAGAUAUUAUGCCUUCUUGGCAAUUCUCUUUUUUUGGGGUCUUGUUCGUGUGUCUAUUCCUUUUUUAAUAAUUUUUUUCAAUUUUAUAGAAUGCUUUCUGUUCCUUUUUUUUGUUAUAUGUCUAAAUGAAUGAAUGAAUUCUAUGUGUGUACAUUUUUCAGCAUGAUGAUUUAGUUAAAUCAAGAUGAAAUUUAUAUUGUAAAAAGAGAAAUUAGUGUAAUGUUUGGUUUCGGGAGGUGAACUUCUAUUGUGAAUUGCCUAACCACAUAUAAUAUGGUAAAUGCUAACGAACACAAAACAUUAUUUAUGUACAUUUUAUAAUUAUACAUAACUUUUUUUAAAUGCGAAACAUGAAAUGUAGGUAGGAUUAUGUAGAGAGAGAACGCAAGAUAGAUAAACAUUUCUUUACAUGAACAUGUUAACAUGUAAAGGAGUGUGCAGAUUUUGUAAUGGACUCUAUACAUACAUUAGAAGGUUGCAAAUAAUCAUGAAUAGAUGGGAUACGUUGAAACAUUAAUGUAUUAAAGUAUUUUUUCAUAUUGGGUAUAUUAUAUGAAUGUGUAUUAUAUAUAUUAUGGCAUAUGGAAUAUAUGGUGUGUAAUGGAGCGAUAGAAAAAAAACUUUGUGUACUCGUGAGCAACGAAAAAAGCACAGAGGACAAACUGAUGCUAGCAUUGCUACAAAAUUCUUCAUGCAUCGAAUCUUUGUUAUGUAUUCAUGGGCUACAUGCGUAAACUGCAUUUGGACAAAAAGAACUGAAUUUUGUCUCAUUACUUUCCUCUCAAAUAUCAUGGAUAGCUUUACUUUGAGGAACUUCAAGAUGUGUACAUGCUCCAUGUUUCAAUGUAUAAAAGAUUCUGUUCAUUGAUGUAUAUUCUUUUUUGCGAAUAUAAUUUGUUUUUUUAUUUCUGGGGAUGCAAUGAAUUUUCUGAAUUACAAUUUGGUCGACAUCUUCGCUAAACUGUUCAGGAUUACAGAAUUGAAGUAUGAAUAUGACAUGAUUUAUGCAAAUUAAAUAUAAAGUAAGACACAUCUCGUUUUCACAGUUAUUGAAAUUUGGCAGGAAGAAAUUUCUGAAUUCGGCUUCGAGUCAUUUUGGUUGUAUGCCCUGGCAAAAUUGCAAAGCUUGGCUGUUCAAAAUGACUUCCAUGAUACUGAAAGGGAUCGUCCUGCAAUUUGGUUUAGCCACUACAAUAGCUUCAACUCUUUUAGAUCUGUAGCCUCUAUUAGUCGGAGCAGAAUUCUGAUCCUUUUAUAGGUUUGGAUGCCCAAAUCAAGUUAGACACCUAGUGAGGAAAACAUAAUUAAUAUGAACAAAAGGAAUAAAGAAAAGAGGAAGAAUGAAUGUAAUACAGGUAUAGAGAUUGUCAUUCUUAUCGAAAUGAAUUAUUCAAAUAAAACAGAGAAAAGGUCUUCCUCCAAAAAGGGGCAAUCGA